UUAAUUUAAAAGAUUCGCCUCCGACUUGAUCCCUGGUUAUAGGGCCUACCAUGUAAAAUGGGAGAGGCUCUGCAAUCCACGGAUCAUUAGCUAUCUUGUGUCUUGCUUUUAGUUAGCUAUAGCUAUCGUUUUUGUCGUCAGAAAAGCAAAGUUAUGGAGAAUCAAAUAGGUCAACAACAAAACGACGCAACUCUGCUCGUUAGUUCAUCUCCAAUUCGCAUAUUGGAUGCAGGAAAUGCCAGAAAGAUCUUUAUCAUGGGUAUUGUUCAGAUAGUGGCCGCUGUGCUAAUGUUGGGUUUUGGUAUCAGUAUUCUUGCUACCUUACGUCUAAAGGAUUCUUUCAACAUUAAUGGUACCUCCAUUUGGGUUCCAUUGUGGAUUCUUGUGACUGGUAUCCUUGGUGUCUGUAUUGGUUAUAAACCACACAGCCGAGGCUUAAUUGGUACCCAUAAUGUUUUCGUUAUCGUGUCAGCUAUAUUAGCAUUUGGCUUGAUUUGUGUUUCUGGUGUGGCACUCAGGUUAUACACCACGUGUAAAAUGGAAUACUAUAACUAUCCAAACUGGGAUAACGACGGCAAGCGAAUCAUAAUUUACAGCGCAUCAUGGCGUAACAAAAUCUGCAAAGAUCACAAAGAUUACGGCGUAGCAGUCUAUUCUAUUCUGCUGGUGCUUUCUUUGGUCGAAAUUGCAAUAUCGAUAGCGUCUACCAUUUUCAGUUUUCAAUUGUUUAACUGUUGCACAGGGGGAUGUGAAACGAGGCAUACAGUUUAUCCAGGAAGCCAGCAGGUGUACCAAUACACUGGCUAUCCUCCGCCACAACUUUCAAUGCAACCGUGCUAUCAAAGCAUGAUCCCGCUUCAGAAUAUCCAAAGCAUGCAACUUUUACAGCAACAACUCCCACAAGUCGUCACAAGUGUAACUGGUCAGCAAUUCAUGUGUUAUUCUAUUUAUGUACCUGUCAAUCAAGGUAUGGUCGCCCCUCAGACACAGCAGACGUCCCUCACGGACCCUCUACCGCAACCAACUGUGCCCAUGUAAUAAACAGUCUUGAACCAGAACGAAAUCGUAAUUUAAAAAAGAAAUUUUCGUGUGUGCUGUUUGUGACUUGCGCAUUAUAAAUUUUAAAGUAAUUUAUGCUAAUUUAUAAAUUUAUUAGCUUUAUUUCGUGGAAUGUUUGGCUAUACUUCUAAAUUCGCUUUGAUUGCACCUAAGGAUUUUACAAAACGUAAAUUGUUGUAAAAACUAUAGCAACGAACCUUGCACCUUGACAGGGUGAGCACUCCUCCUUAAAUUCCUUAAAUAACCUUAGAAAAAAAAAUCUCCUUAAAAGUACUUAAAUAUACUUAAGAAAAUUGAAAUUUUAGCUGUUCUCCUUAAUUUCUCCUUAUUUCCCAAUUUUUCUGAUCGUAACUUUUUUGGAAAUAUGUGUAUGGAUUGUUCAUCACCAGUGAAAUAAGACAUAUUUCUCUGUUACCUGAAAUCCUAUAUUUUCUAUCUUUCAGGGCAUAAUUUUUAUGUACAUUUGUAUAAUAUGUAUAAUUUUCUUAUCAUAAAGCAUAGUAUGUAACAUUAAAGAUGGAGAACUUAAAUUGGUUUUCUCCUAAAUUAUCCUUAUUUUUUUUAUUCUCGUUCGCAGCAAAAUAUCCUUAAAAAAUGUCAAUUUGUCUCCUUAAUUCUCCUUAAUAUCCUGCCUUUUGUUCUCGUUUUAUUAGUGGUCACCCUGCUUGAGCGUAUUAAUUUCGUGUUGUUAAGGUAUUUUUUGUUUUUUGACACAACAAGUUGACGACAUAAAAAAAUUGUCAUUUAUUAGCAGUGUACUUUUUGAAAUGUAAGAAUGUGAUUUUGUAAAAUGUACAUGACGGUUGUUUAGGUUGAUAAAAAAAUUUGAUUAGUCGCCUCAUGUAAUCAUAAUAUUAUUGUUUUGUACUUAACAUAUAUUUUAUUUACAUAUAUUUUAUAUAUUCGCAUACUUUUCCACUUUAUCAGUAUAUUUAUGUAUAA